GAAGAAAUCCACAAAGAUGAAGCAUUCGUUGUGGCACGACAGCCUUUGUCGUGUCUUUUAGAUGAAGCUUUGUCGAAAUCUUACCCAUUUCAGAUGCACAGAGCCCACAUGCUCGAAUCUUUUCUUCAUCAUCUCCUCCUCCAAAUCCCCACCACAUUCUCUCAUCCUUCCCCUCUAAUUUUCCCGGAAAGUUCAAACCUUUUUUCCCGAGAAAACCAUCACCCGAUGAGAUUUCCCGACGCAUAGCUUCGUCUUGUUCCAGAAGAGGAAAGUUUGCCCCUUUCCUUAAUUUUGUUCCAUUACCCAUUACAGAUCUCGAUUACGAUAGAGGCGUAGAAGCUCUUCUGUAUCUGUAAGUCUUGGGUUUUGUUCUGUUUCCUACACUUUGCAUGUGUUCUUUGAUGCGAUCAUGCAACUAUUUCUUGUCUGCAACUGUUCCAUUGCCAGAUUUGUCGGAUUGUGUUGUAUAGCUUUCUGAAAGCUCACAUGAAUUCAGCAUAAUCUCGUGGGCGGUUUCUUUGUAUUUAGCAUCUAAUCUAAACCGCCAAAGGUAGAAUCUUGGAUUGGAUACGAGGUUAAAGUCUUGGAUUUAGAAUCUCCCUCUGUGCUUCGUUUCUGGGAAUUGAAAUGGGGAAGCAAAAGGGAAAGCAGAAGUUGCAGAAUGAGGGAACAUCUGAAGAUAAUGGUGAUAAUGACAAUAACAUGGUAGAGACAGUAGAUUGUGUAGUAAGGGCACGGGGAUUGAAGGAAGAGGGAAACAAGUUGUUUCAGAAGAGGGAUUACAAAGGGGCAAUGUCGAGAUACGAGGAAGCAAUCAAAGUGCUUCCGAGGGAUCAUGAAGAAGUGCCUGAUAUCCGAGCUUACAUGGCCACAUGCUAUAUGCAGAUGGGUCCAAAUGAAUACCCGAAAGCAAUCCAUGAAUGUGACUUGGCACUUAAGGUGAAUGCUAAUCAUAGCAAAGCUUUGUUGAAGAGGGCAAGGUGCUAUGAGGCAUUGAAUAAGUUGGAUUUGGCUCUAAGAGAUGUUUGCAUGGUUUUGGAGAUGGAUCCAAACAAUCCAAUGGCUUCCGAAAUCUCGGAGAAGUUAAGGAGAACCCUAGAGAGCAAAGGGUUACGGGUGAAAGAUGCGGUUAUAGAGUUGCCACCAGAUUACGUUGAACCGGCCGAGGCUUCUACUGCACUGUGGGUUGUAGAAGACAAAACACAAGACAAGAAAAAGAAGGGCAGCAACCAGGUUCUGGAUUCAGAAAAGGGCAAGGAAAAAGCUACCAAUAAGCAGAAUAAGAAGAAAGGAAAGGAAAAACGGGCAGAUAAGGUAGAUGAAACACGAGAAGAACAGGAUAAAGAGAUUAUAGCAGAGGAGGUGUUGCAUAAAAGUGUUGAAGAGGUAAAGAAGACUGUAAAAUUGAUAUAUGCCGAUGAUGUAAGAUGGGCCAAGGUACCGUUAAACUGUACUCUCUUUCAACUGAGGGAAAUCAUUCAUGAUCGGUUUUCCAGCCUCAGGGCAGUCCAUAUAAAGUACAGGGACCCUGAAGGGGAUUUGGUAACAAUCACAACUAAUGAAGAAUUAAGGAUGGCUGAAGCAUCGGAAAAUACACAGGAUACUAUGAAAUUCUAUGUUGUGGAAGUUAGUCCUGAACAGGACCAGUUUUUUGGAAGAUUGAUCGAGAGUAAGAAGCUUAAAACAACAAUUGAUACUCGUAUUUCCAAGGUGAAAAGACAAGGUACAUGUAAAAUCGAAGAUUGGAUGACUGAAUUUGCUCGGCUUUUUAAGGAUCAAGUCACAGUUGAUUCUCGUGCAUGCUUGAAUCUUCAAGAACUCGGCAUGAAAAUUUAUUCUGAAGCUAUGGAGGAGGCAGUAACCUCUGAAGAAGCUCAAGGACUUUUCGACAGAGCAGCCGAUCAAUUCCAAGAAAUGGCUGCCCGGUCAUUGUUAAAGCUAGGUCACGUGUUCAUGUCCCGAGCAAGGAAAAGGUUGAGCUUCUCGCAAAAUGUUUCUAUGGAAUCCAUACCGAAGCAGACUGAAACUGCUUAUGAAUGGGUUCAGAAGGAAUACACAGAAGCAAGAAAGAAAUAUGAAGAAGCCAUGAGAAUAAAGCCAGAUUUAUAUGAAACCUUCCUGGCAUUAGGUCUGCAGCAAUUUGAGGAGGCAAAACUUUCUUGGUAUUAUGUACUUUUCAGCCAUAUUGAUUUGAAAACAUGGCCUUGUGAAGUUGUGUUACAGCUUUAUCAAAAGGCUGAAAACAACAUAGCAAAGAGUAUACAAUUGUGGAAAAAGUUGCAUGGAGAGAUACCGGACGGUCCACAUCUAGAUACCCGAGCAGAUGCAGCGGAAAAGUUCAAGUCUCGGCUAAAUAUUUUGUGGGCUGCCAUACUUUACGAGAGAUCGUUAAUGGAAUACAAACUCGACCUACCCGUCUGGAAAGAAUGUCUAGAUGCUGCAAUGAAGAAGUUUGAGGUGGCUGGAACAUGUGCCAUGGACGAGGAAAAUUACGCAAAAAAUAAUACUCUUAGGGAUAUGAGAUUCCAAAUGGAGGAUGUAACACAGAUAUGUAACGAGAUAGAUGGAGCGAAAACAUGGAGAACCGAGAUCCCUUCUGACCAGUUGCGAAAGAUAUUUAAGAGGAGAAUCUCGGAUAUUUUUCACGUAUCAGAGACCGAAAUCCAUUGUGGUUGAAGGUUCUUUUGCGGGUGCAAAUUUCCAUGUCUCGAUUAUUACAGGUGGUAUCUUAUUUGGGUUUUUUCGGGUAACGAUCAUAUGUUCAACUUUGAGAAUUGACAUUGGAGAAAUUGAGGCCCAAGCUUUCUGAGAUUAUCCAGUUUGGUCUGCCGAAGUUUGUGUCUUCUGCUUCAAUGUCUCUUCUGGUGAGCUGUGUAAGCAAACAGAUAACACAGAGCUUUGAUUACUUCAUUGGUUUUGUCUGAAAUUUGUUUUUUAGUGAGAGAGUGAAGCAUAUAUAUAUAUAUAUAUAUAUAUAUAUAUAUAUAUAUAUAGAGAGAGAGAGAGAGAGACCAACUGUUUUCUGGAACCUCCCCCAGAGUUGUGUGAAAACUCAUUCAGACAUUCUUUUGUACCUUUAUGUUGCUGUUAUGUUCCCAGUUCUGACAGAAAAUUAAGUUUUAAGACAAGCAGCAGUCA